AAGUGAAUGAUUUAUUAGAUGAGAUACAAUUCAUAGUAAUAAAUUUGAUGGAAUUUCCCAGUCACAAAUAUAUAAAUUAAGAUGUUUGAGAUAUUAAACAGACCCUACGCCGAUCCCUCGGCGUUCUUCCUCGCUACUAGUCCGUGGCCUAUGGCUGUCAUUGUGGCGUUCUAUAUGAUGUUUGUGCUGAAGCUGGGACGUAAGUUUAUGGCAGAGCGGAAAGCCUACGAUCUGCGAGCUGUACUGAAGGUCUACAAUCUAAUUCAGAUCGCCUUCAAUGCCUUGUUAUUCUUAACUGCAGUUUGUUAUUUGACCAUAUCCAAAACUCAAAGCAUACAUUGUAUGUCAAUUCUGCCUUUGGAUCAUCCAUUGAAGAAAAUUGAUCGUCUGCUUUGCUAUGCAUACUAUAUCAACAAGUAUUUCGAUUUGCUAGACACUAUUUUCAUAGUGUUCCGAAAGAAUUACAAACAGAUUACGGCUCUGCAUAUAAUUCAUCAUCUGUAUAUGCCUGUGGGGGGAUACUUUGUUAUCCGACUCAUAGGGUUUGGGGGCCAUCUGAUGGUAAUGGGUGUCCUGAAUCUCUUCGUGCACGUUGUCAUGUACAGCUACUACUACGUUGCAUCCCAGCAUUCGACUAAUGACAAGCUAAUCUGGUGGAAACCGUACAUAACCGUAUUGCAGAUGCUACAGUUCGUUAUUAUAGCGGCUCAUUCCCUUUGGACACUGAUGCAGCCAAAGUGUGAGACUUCGCGUCCACUCAUCUAUGUGACAAUCUUCACAUCAGUGGGCAUGCUCCUUAUGUUUACCAAUUUCUACGUACACGCCUACAUUCUGCCUAAGAAAACGAAACUAAAGAAAUCAGACUAGAGAUGAGUACAGUUUCAGAUAUUAAAUGCCUAUUUCAAGUACAUUGCUGCCUCGGUCACGUCUAAAUUGAUUCGCCUUGUAAAGCUUUUAAUCAGCCUUACUUAAUGCUUAAGUGCUUUGAAUAAACGCAUUUUAAACUACUGUAA